UCCCUUCCCACCGUUCCUUCCUCCUGACCCGCCCCGGGGCCGCAGCGUUUUCCGGCAGAGGCCGCUCCUCCUCCCUAUUCACACAGAGAUUGGGAAUGCGAUUCCCUUGCUUGUUUGGUCCGGAGUCGCCGAGCGAGCUCUCCCCCAGUUUCACCCUGUGACUGUGGCACGGUGCCGGCAUGCCCGCCCUCCCUUUGCUCUGCGCCUUCCUGCUGCUGGCCUCGGCGCACUCCGCCAAAAUCCUCACCAUCGUCAUGAUCGGGGGAAGCCACUACCUGCUGUUCGAUGAGAUUUCUCACGUGCUUUACGAGAGUGGGCAGGAGGUCAAUAUGCUGCUGCUACUCGGCAUCCCACAGAUUCCAGGCUUGAGCUAUGCUGGGAGAAAGGACAGCUACCGAUUGACCACGUGGUCUGCAAGUGAUCAAUAUGUGUCCAGAUUCAAUCAGUGGUUCCUGGAGCAGCAGAGAGAGUUCUUCCUGGGCAGAGAAACGUUCGACAUGUUCCUGGAUCUAAUGGGUCACUUUGCACAGCAGUGCGAGUGGAUGAUGAAUGACGUUGAGCUCAUGGACACUUUGAGGGGCGAGGACUAUGACAUUGCGAUGAUCGACACCUUCAACCCUUGCUCCUACCUGGUGGCGGAGAAGCUGGGGCUCCAGGUGGUGACCGUCCACGGGGGCAACUUCUGGAACGUGCACCAGGGAGGGAUGAGGAUCCCGCUCUCCUAUGUCCCCGUCCACCGCUCGCAGCUCUCCGACCGCAUGGGCUUCUGGGGACGGAUGAAAAACGUCCUCAUGUUCCUGGGCUCUUUUGAGGCGGAGAGGAGGAUCCAAGCCCGGUUUGAGAAAGCCAUCCUGACCCACUUCCCUGCCGACAACGUCAGUCUCCCCCAACUCUACCGGAAGGCCCAGCUGGCUAUCUACAACACUGAUUUCACCUUGGAAUUCCCCAGACCACUGCCCCCCAACGUGGUUUGUAUUGGAGGAUUGCUUGCAAAACCAGCAAAAGCACUCCCACAGGAGCUGGAGGACCUCGUGCAGGCCGCCGGGGAGGAUGGUUUUGUGAUGGUGAGCUUCGGUUCUAUGCUCUCCUCCGUCAAUCUGCCGGGGCUGCUGAGGGAGAUGAACGCUGCCUUUAGCCGCCUACCUCAGCUGGUUAUCUGGAGACACCUUCACAGUCACUGGCCAAGUGACCUCCACCCGGCCCCCAACGUCAGGCUGUUUGACUGGCUGCCCCAGAACGAUCUGCUCGGUCACCCGAAGGCUCGUCUCCUGGUGACACACGGAGGCUACAACAGCCUGAUGCAGGCCGUCUAUCAUGGGGUGCCUGUGGUCGGGGUCCCACUGUUCGGAGACCAGUUCGAUAACAUGGUGAGGGUGGAGGCCAAGGGACUUGGGCUGACUGUGGACGUCACCCAGAUACAGGCACUGCAUCUCAGCCACAGCAUGGACACUGUCAUCAGGGACACGAGGUACAAAGCCUCUGCGCUGACCCUGAGCCGCAUUCACCGCUCCUUCCCUUUCCCCCCGCGCCAGCGGCUGGUGCAGUGGAUGGAGCAUCUGUUGCAGCUCGGGGGAGGGGAGCACCUGAGGCCCUUCGGCACGCAGCUGCCCUGGUAUCAGUACUACCUGCUGGAUGUCAUCCUCGCCCUACUGCUCGCGGCGUCCGUGCUGACGUACCUCCUGAUCAGCAUUCUGAGGGCUUGUGUGGCAGCCUGUGUCGGGCAGGGAAAGUGAAAGCGGAGUGAAGAGGACUGUGUUGCUCACGUCUCAAGGACUUGCCCAAUUUGCCAGAGCAUCGUGAUUUAGUUAAAGCCACCGUGAGUGGGUUGAAGAUUACACUGGAUUCGGAUUAUAUUGUGUGUACGACCAGUAACAUGUAGGAGGGAACUGCAGAUGCUGGUUUACCUGAAGAUAGACACAAAAAUGCUGGAGUGACUCACCAGGACAGGCAGCAUCUCCGGAGAGAAGGAAUUGGUGACAUCUCGGGUCGAGACACAUCUUUAGACGGGCCCUCAGUCUGGGGAAGGGUCCUGACCUGAAAUAUGAGCGGUUUCUUCUCUCCAGAGAUGC